AUGUUACCUCAACGAUCACCUUCUCCUGGACCCAGUACAUCUCAUCCACUUCCAUCGAACCACUUCUUAUCUCUUCAGCCUUCUUUCGCUCAACCUACCGAAUCCAUCCUUUCUGGCGCGCCUUCAACUUCAUCUCACGGCUCGAAUGGUCAAGCCCCAAAUACCGCGUCUCUCGCUUCGGCCGAUUUCGAUGUUGAUGUCAGAACAGGUUUCCUACCUGGUUCCAAGAAUGUGGAGAGACUACAAGGCAGAUAUGAAGUAUGGGAAGAAGCAUUAGAUGCUGCUAGAGGUAAUCAACCUGGAGAAGGGCUAAUAGUACAUGGUCAAAGGGAGAAAGAGUUACUAUGGCGUGCCGCUAUCAACACAAUGCCUGUCCUUGAUACUGCCGAUCUCCUUGUUUCUUUACCGCACCUUCGUAGAGCCCACGUUGUCCUCACCUUCCUUGCCCACUUCUACGUUCAUACGACAGCUCCUUCCUCAAGCAAAGAACCUAUACCCAUCCCAGCUUGUGUAUCUGUACCUCUCUUGGUCGUCUCAUCUCUACUCGGCCUCCCACCAAUCCUUACUUAUGCCGACACAGUUUUAUACAACUUUUUACCCGUACACCCAUCAAUUGCACCCAGUGCUAAUCUCAAUCCACCCGGCGUGAUCAUGACCACUUUCACAGGUACAAGAAGUGAAGAACAGUUCUAUCUGAUCUCAGCUUUAUGCGAGAUUGCUGGAGCAGAAGCACUGCGAUUGAUGAGACAGUCAUUGGAUGAGCUGUUCUUGGCAGAUGAAAAAGCCCUGAGAAGAUUAACUAUUUACUUGAAGAAAUUGGCAAAUCAAAUCGAUAAAAUCAGUGAUGUCACAAUGACUUUGAUGAAAGAAGUUGAUCCUGAAGAAUUUUAUCACUUGAUUAGACCAUGGUUCAAAGGUGGUGAUGCCGAUGGACCAGCUUCAGCCGGAUGGGAUUAUCUGGGUUUAGAUGGUAUCAGUGAAGAAGGCUCUUCGAUUGCUGAAUCAUCAAGUACCAUUGGCAAAAAAGGAAAAUUAUUCUCUGGACCAAGUGCCGGUCAAAGUUCUUUGAUUCAUGCUAUAGACAUAUUCUUAACCGUGGAUCAUUCACCCACGGAAGAAGAACGACUGGAAGCUCUAAAUGCCAUCGAACAUCCAGCAGAGUCCAGAAUACUAGUUGACUCUACUCCCAUAUCAACCCAUUCACCUCAACCGCAGGCUCCCGCCCAUGGACACGGACCAGCACCAAAAGGAGAAGCUACAUUCGUUCAAAGAAUGCUACAAUAUAUGCCAUUACCACAUCGAUCAUUUAUUCUUCAUUUAUCAACUCACCCUACUCCCCUUCGACCGCUAGUAGUUCAUUACGCAAACUCCCAUCCGGCACUAGCAGCAGCCUACGACGGAGCUUUAGAGGCGUUGAGAAGGUUUAGAGAAAAACAUAUGAGAGUAGUCUCGUUGUUCAUCGUACAACAAGCUAGGAGACAACCAAGUGAAAGAGUCAGGAAAAUGAUAGGAUUAGACGUAUCACCUGAGAAUGCGGAAGUAGAACAAGAAAUUGAUAUAAACGAAAUCAGAGGUACGGGUGGAAGUGCACUUUUCAAAUUCUUGAAAAGAUGUAGAGAUAAUACCACGAAGGCAAUGGUCAAACCUAACGCAGCAGGGUACGAGUUGGAAUAA